UCAUAGAUCAUAUAUAUACUAUAAAGCAUUGUGCUUUCAUAGAUCCUAUAUAUACAAAAAAAUAUAUACAUAUAUAUGGCUUCUUCAGAAAAUGCUAAUGCUAAUAAUAACAAUGUUAGUGAGAUGGGGUAUGAACAAAGAGGUGAUCAUAUAAGUUCAGGAUCCAUAUUUAAUGGUGGUUGGGAUCCACUUGAGAAUUAUGGUGGAUCAUCUUCAAUGGUGGUUAAUAAUGGUGGUUUGUCAAACUAUCCUGUUCAAGGGCUUCUUAACCAUCAUCAUCAUCAUUUUCAAUCUGGUCAUGAGUUAGCCACACCAACAUUUGGAAGUGGUGGUGGUUUUUCAGAAAUGGUGAAUCCAUUUAUGAAUACUAAUAAUCUUGAAUCUAGUCAACAAAAUAAUAGUGCUUCAUCACCUCUUAAAAGAAGACCUCCUCAUUCUAACUUCAAUCCUGUUAAGAAUGGUGAUGCAUCUGGAGAUAGUUCAGAGAAUGUGAAUGGACAAAAUGAAAAGAAACAGAAAACAGAACAUGGAUUAAUUAAUUCUAAUUCAAAGGGAAAGCAAAUAGGUGGAAAACAAGCAGUAAAAGAUAAUUCUGAUAGUGGUGGAGCUCCUAAAGAAGACUACAUUCAUGUUAGAGCUAAAAGAGGUCAGGCUACAAAUAGUCACAGCCUUGCAGAGAGGGUUAGGAGAGAACGGAUCAGUGAGAGAAUGAAGUUGCUUCAAGACCUUGUUCCUGGCUGCAAUAAGAUCACUGGAAAAGCUGUAAUGCUUGAUGAGAUAAUCAACUAUGUGCAAUCACUCCAACACCAAGUUGAGUUUUUGUCGAUGAAACUUGCAACUGUGAAUCCAGAAUUGAACGUUGACAUUGACCAAAUUAUGUCAAAAGAUAUUCUUAAUUCACGAGGCCCUAAUCCCAACCUUGGAUUUUUAACCGGACUAAACUCAUCCCAACAUUAUGCACAAGGAGGCUUGCCUGUUAUUCCAACUUCAAACCCAUCAUUUCCUACUAUGCAUCCUCAGCAACAACCUGUAUGGGAUCAUGACCUUCACAAUCUUCUGCAAAUGGGAUUUGACAACAAUAUCGGGCCAGGUGGUACUUGCUCGAAAGUAACAAACACGCGUGGAUUUUGAGUGUGUUUUAAAAUCAGAUCUAUAGAUAUCAGGACCACAAGAUUCAGUAGGAAUUUAAGAAGAAAAGGGAUACUUUCAAACAAAGAGCUCUUAACUGUUUGUUCUUCGAGUUUUAGCAGAAGAAGGUAGACGACCCGUUAGAUAUUACAAACCAUGUAUAUUUUAAACAACACGGAAAAGAAAAAAUAUAAGGUAAAAAAACGAGUGGCGACGAUUGGUUUUGUUUGUUUUUUUUUUCGUUUUCCGGAGCAGCAGGGUAUUGGAACAAAAAUAUGCUGUAAAGAGUGAUUAGUGUUGAUGAAUUUUAAGAAUUUGAUUCAUUCUAUGUGCUUAUCUUAUGGUGUGCUUAUUUUUA